AUGCUCCAGCGGCUAUCCCAGCCGCACAACUACGUUCAUCUUACUGUCCAAAAGGCUAUAAGUCUAUUGGACAAACUGUAUGACACAUUCUUCACGGCGCCGCGUAAAGCGCAUAUCAACCUCUUCAGUAAACAUUUUAUCAAGAUUGAAUUUUUGGACAAAUUAUGCCGACCAGUGUUUAAGGAAUUCGAUGAGUGGCCCACCAUAUCCUUAGAACCUGAUCCUCCUAAAGAGAAAAAAGAAAAAAAAGAAUCACCGGAAAUUUUGGUUAACGCAAUCCCCUCAAAUAAUAACACAAUUCAAAAAAUGACAAGAAAAAGUCGGCCCCGUAUAAAGGAGAAGGAUGACAAGGAACAAAAGGGAGGGUAUUGUGAAAUGUGCAACACAGACUAUGUAGAUGCAGCAUUACAUAGACGUUCUCCACACCACCUGGCAUUUGUACGAGAUCAUACAAACUUUUUGGCUUUAGAUUCCUUAAUAACUUCUGGAGCUGAUGUCACGUCUUUUUUAGACAAAGCUACCCCAGUUAAUGGUGAAAGACGAUCUCUAAGAAAGCUUUGCAAUGGGGAUGUAGAACCAAAAAGUAAACGAUCAAAAAGAUCUCAGUCGCCCGAUAAUAUUAAUGGUAAUGCAAGUCCAAAACGUAAUGGUGGCUUAGAAGAUGAAAAAAAGCUAAGGACUAGGUGUAGUAAAAGAACAAGUGAGUCUCAAACGUCAGAAGACCGUCAGUAUUAUAAAGUAGUCGGGGUAAGCACGAAACUUCGGUCUAGUGGGGGGUUUGCUGUAAAAAAGAAAGAAUCACCACCAACAUGCAAUGGAACGAAACCCCUAGUAGUAAAAUUUAGGAAAGUAAGACGAUCUGAGCUAUCAGUGUUGAGCGAUGAAGCAGAACAGUUCAUGUUCCCAAAACGAGCCAGCUCAACAAGUUCCACGUCAUCUGAAGAAGAUGAGAAGGAGGUUCUGAGGUCCAGAAGAAAGACACCACCUCAGCCCCCGCCUCCUAUAGAACGACAACGGCUAGCAAGACCUAUAGCUUUAAAAGAAGAAUCGUCAGAAGAAGAUAGCUGGCCUGAAGACAAGACACGUCGAAGAAGAAGAGUGCCUCCGGUAGCCAAACGGGGGCGAAAGGCUAUUUCUAAAGCUCCAGUCUCUGAUAGCCCUAAACCAAAAGAAAAAACUCCAGAAAUAGUUAAGGAGCAAGCCCCACCAGAACAGGUCGAGCCAGAAAUCAGUCCAUUAAGAGAGGAGCCAUCGGAAAGAUGUAUGAAGUGGGAAGAUGGCAAAUUGAAAUAUACACCAGCAGUAGAGCAAUUGGAGUUCGCAUUUGAAUCAGUCCCUCAGAGCGAGCCCUGGUUUGAAACUUUCAAAAGACAAGACCAAGAUAAGCUGGUCACAAAAAAUGUGCCUCAGUAUUUUGAACUGUACUCCAAGUCGCCAAAGUUACCCUACGAGAUUGGCCAGUUACCACCACUCAAGCCAAAUUGCUGUAGACUCAGCGACUUUGUCAAGCGGGACGAAAAACCGGGACCUUCGCGUUCUUACGGAACACGAGGCAUGAAAAAGAAGAGGAUAAAGAAACAAAAACGUACUGCGGCCCUCAUAGCUCUUGAAGGACACCCAAGAAAAUCUCCAAGAGAACACGCAUCAACUCUGGCUAUCCUCGGAUCUGCUGGACUAUUACACAGAAGAAAACAUGAUGAUGCUAAAUCAACAGCAUCCGAAGACACGAUCAGUGAUUCUCAUAGUAAUAUGAAAAUAGAACCAGUUUUAUCAGAAACCCAGGAAGAAUCAGAACGCCUCCAACAAUUCCUUUCAGAAGUGUUUGAGGAACCCACUGAUUAUGACAUAGCGGAUGAACUUAUAGCCGAUGAAACUGCUGUGAUAACAUCGAAAAAUCUACCUGACGUGUCCAGUUUAGUAUCAGAAUGUGAAGAUUGUGACAUUAUACGAAAUGAAAUUAACCAAGGAUCGCCCGGACAAGUUAGAAGGAGACGUGGCAAAUUCAAAAAGAAGAACAAAACAGGAUGGCCCAACAAAAAGAAAACAAAGAAAGGCUCGCGGACGAGUAGUGUGGAGCAAAAAGAUAGUAGCCUCGAUAGAUCCUCUGUGGAACCAGAAGAUGACACCACACAGGACACAAUGAGUGACCAGACAUUAUCAGAAACGGAAAAGGAAGACAAGACCUUGACCGAGAUGCAUUUGCAAGUGCAUUGUGAAUCUCCAGUUCAGAUAGAAACACCAAAGGAACCCAUGGAGGUUAAUGAAGAACAGUUACAAUUGGACUUGAAGGUGCUUCUUCAUGACAAAGUUAGUGAAAAGUCUCCCACCAAGACUGAUGAUAAAGAUGAUAAGCGGUCAUCAUCAGAUGGUGAUGAGGAUAAGAAGAAGAAGAAGAGGGCUUUACAAGGGUUAUUAUUGCAGCCCAUAGUGAGAGUUGCCCGAGUGGACCCCAACGCUGGAAGGCGACUGCGCUCCGCCUCCCGGGCCCGCACGAGUCGGUUUAGA